AUGAAGAACAACUCCCUCUCCCGACUGCCCAACGAGCUCAUCUGCUGCAUCGUCAAAUGCGCAAGCCAGAAUGCCUUCCAGAGCAAGAGGGAUCUUCUCAACCUGUGCCUUCUCAAUUGGCAGAUGUACCCUUUCGCUCAGCUCGAGUUGUACCGCAAGGUCGAGAUCCACAGCAUGAGGGCCUACGACCUCCUUACCCGAAGCUUCAUCGAGAAUCCGAGCCUGCGCAGCUGCGUGAGGGAGGCACACAUCUCUGUCGCCGGCGGCCGUUUCGAUCGUUGGGCUCUGAACGUUUCAUCCUGGACCAACCAAGAGCUCAAUAUGACCAACCUGUGCGACACCGACCGCAGCCUCGUCAUUCUUUGCAAAACCCUGUGCGGCAUCGGAUCCCCCAAGGAAAACUCGCGCAGCGUUCUUGCCCUGCUUCUCAUCUUCCUUGAUCGGGCUGAAGAGGUUAGGCUUGAGGUCAACUCCUAUUGUCGCCCGUCAACUCGCGUCGUUAUCGCAUACCUGGAUAUGCUAUCCCCGCCCUUGCCGUCGUCGUCGUCCUUGCCCUUGUUGUCGCCGUCGUCGCCGUCGUCCUUGGCCGUCGUCCCUCGCAGAGCUCUGUUUCCAUCUCUGAAAAGCUUCUCGCUCACUGGCUUUAGCCUCCCGAACCAUGCGGAAAAUGUCUUUGGCCAGCCGAUCAGCGUCCUCACCCCUCUGCUGUCCGCUAUCAAUCUUACCGACUUGCGUCUUAUAGGCGAUACCCCUAUAUGGGAUGCGCUCGCAGACCCCGACAUUGCCAACAUCCAGCUUCCCCUGAAGACAUUGACACUGGAUUCAAGCAGUGCUGACGGAACCGGCCUCUGCCACCUGCUUAAGCGCUGCCCGAAUCUCAGAAGACUGAAAGCCUCCAUCAAGAGCCCUCGCCGGAAUGGAAGAUCAAACAUCAACACAGUCCUUCCACAAUCAUGCCCUCAGCUGAAGGAACUGUCCCUGAACACUCAAGGAUACAACCGCUUCUUUGGAAACACAUGGGUCGUAACCCCAGGCUCAACUAAGCACAUCACUUGCCUGCCUCAGAUGCACAACCUCAAAGAGCUCCGUAUCACCCUCGACUGUUUCUUUGACACUCCAGCCAACAUUGAACUUUUGGGAUCGAGCUUCCCAGACUUGCUGGCUCCUCGACUAGAGAAGGUUUUCAUCGACGCCACGUGGUCCUUGCUCGGGGUCCACGGCCGGAUCACAGCUAGCCACCCGCAAGUCAUGGCCUACAAGAAAGGAAUCGAGAAGAUGAUUAACGCUCUUUGCAUUGCGUCCAAAAGCCAGCUACCUUGUCUUAAGGUCAUCGCUCUGGGUGCCAAAUACGGAAAACCCAGGCAGUGGACAAAGGAUGCGCGUAAGCUGCUGGCAGGAACGAAUGUCAAGCUCAAGCUGCCGUGCCCGCCGGGCCACUCGUUCAUCUGGGGCCACCUGCGCCUGCUGGGCGAGGUCGCGGCGACGAUGCCGCCCAACUGCCACCCGCAGGUGUACAUGGCGGCGAUCGCGCAGCGGUAUGAUAUGCCCGGGGCGUGGUACCUCGACUUCUGGCCGCUGGCGGACCCGGUGCUGGUGGUGACGGACGCGGACGCAGCGCAGCGGCUGCUCACGGGGACGCCGACGCUGAAGCACCCGCAGGUGGGCAAGUUCAUGGGCCCCGUGCUGGGGGAGGACAACAUCGUGAGCGUGAACGGGGAGAUGUGGAAGGCGGGGAAGCGGAUGAUGGGGAGCGGGUUCAGUCAGGGGUACGUGAAGCCGAUGCUGAGCAUGUUUUCGGAACAUGUGCUUGUUUUUCACGAGAAGUUGAGGAAGAGGGCGGAGGAGAGGGGCGAGGAGGAGUUUGAGCUGGAGGGGGAAGCGGCCAAGGCUAUUUUUGACGUGAUUGGGAGUAUUGUGUUUGGGAUGUCGUUGGAUGCGCAGGGGAAGGGGUCGGUGUUGCUGGAGGACCUGAGGGCGUUGAUUCAGCAUUUGAACUUUGUGAUUACGAGCUGGAACCCGGUGAGGAAGGUUGUUGAGUGGUGGCGGAUCCGCGGGGUGAAGAGGCGGAGUGAUGAGGUUAUUCGCAAGGCGGUGCUGGAGCGGUGGGAGGUGAUGAGAGACGAGGGGGAGGUGCCGAGUCGGCGGCUGGCGAAGAGCAUCAUGGACCGGGUCAUUGCGGACUGGAUCCAGAGCGGGGAGGAGGGACCGCCGAAGGGGGAUUUUUUGGACUUGUUGGUUGUGAAUUUGAAGACGCUGCUUCUCGGGGGCCACGGCACGACGACGGAUGCCUUCACGUACACGGUGAUGUUGCUGGGCCUGCACCCCGAGGCCAUGCAGAGGAUGCGGGAGGAGCACGACAAGGUGUUCCCGACGGGGCUGCAAGAGAGCGCGGAGAUGCUGUGGACGAACCCGGCCAAGACGAACGAGCUCGAGUACACGACGGCCGUGAUCAAGGAGACGAUGCGCUUCUACCCUGUCGGGUUCAGCACGCGGAUCGCGCCGCCGGAGCUCAAGCACCUCGACUGCGACGGUAGACGGCUACCCAUCGAGGGCUUCAUGCUCGCGCUGUGCCAGUUUGCGUCGCACUUCGACCCGGCCUACUUCGCGGACCCCAAGGCGUUCCGGCCGGAGCGGUUCCUGGGGGCGGAGGGGGCGGCGCUGCACCGUUUUGCAUGGAGGCCGUUUGAGAGGGGCCCACGGGCGUGUAUGGGGCAGGACCUGGCGAUGGACGAGCUGCGGGUGUUGUUGUUGCUCACGGCGCGGUGGUUUGAUUUCGAGACUGUGCCGGUGGGGAAGAGGGAGGCGCGGACGACGUUUUUCGAGCUUGACGCACUGGUGGGAGACAUGGCAUUCCAGGAGAUGAAGAUGGGGGCGGCGGUUCGGAGUGGGAUGAAGAUGAAGGUGAGGCUGAGUGGGAGGGAGUGA